AUGCUGAAAAACCAGGCCGUAGAAUUCUGGGAAUGGAUGUAUCAGGACACUGGAACCGGUGAUAGUGGAACACGCUCGUAUACGGCCGAGCUUCAUAUCAUGGCCGACAGUCGCGUUGUGUUCACAUCGGAUCCCGAGAAUAUCAAAGCGAUACUGGCGACACAAUUCCACGAUUUCGGCAAAGGGGAGGCAUUUCACGAAGAGUGGAAACCGUUUCUGGGUGACGGCAUUUUCACCACGGAUGGGCAACAGUGGCAUGAUUCGCGGCAACUCAUCAGACCGAUGUUUGUGCGAGAGAGAGUCGCUGAUUUGCCGCUGAUUGAGAAACAUGUGCGCAAACUGAUUUCGUUGAUGGGGGCCGGCGAUGGCCAAAUGGUCAUGAUGAAUAAGUUGCUGUCUCGGUUCAGUCUUGAUGCGUCGACGGAUUUCUUGUUCGGCCACAGUGUUGGGAGUCUGGAUAAGGAGCAGUCGGAGUUUGCGAUGGCGUUUGAUGAGGUGCAGAGGCUUCAAACUUUGCAAGAGCGAUUAGGACCCCUCAAACUCUUUUAUCCCAUGCACUCGUACCGAGCAGGAAUCAAGACCAUGGAGCGAUUCAUCGAACCAUUCAUCACAGAGGCAUUGUCAAUGACCGAGUCCAAAUUGUCCGGCUCCGACACUUUUAUUCAUGCGCUCGCCCGGUAUACCCGGGAUCGCAAGGUUGUGCGUGACCAACUGGUGGCACUACUUCUUGCUGGACGAGAUACGACAGCCUCGACAUUGUCUUGGCUGUUUCUGGAGCUGGCAAAGAACCCACAAGUGGUCGAAACGCUUCGCGCAGAGAUAUUUGAGUAUCUAGGCAAAGACGGCCGGCCACCGACUUACCAGGAGAUCAAGGAUAUGAAAUAUUUGACUUACACGAUCAACGAGACCCUGAGGUUGUACCCCGUGGUGCCGUUCAACGUCCGCUCUGCCCUCACCGAUACAAUUCUCCCGCACGGUGCUGGACCUGACGGCAUGAGUCCAGUGGGCUGUCCCCGCGGCACAGUCGUCGGUUAUAGCACCAUUGGAAUGCAACGCCGAAGAGACUUGUAUCCGCCUAUAUCAGAGUCCUUCCCAUACGACCCGGCCGACUGGGUGCCUGAUCGAUGGGCAACGUGGACUCCCAAGCCCUGGCAUUUCAUCCCUUUCAAUGGCGGUCCGAGGAUCUGUAUUGGACAACAGUUCGCAAUGGUCGAGAUGGCAUAUACUGUUGUCAGGAUUCUGCAGGAGUUUGACCAUAUUGUCGAUUAUGGAAGUCCACGUAUUUUGCAUGCUGAAAUUGUUUUGACGCCCGCUGAAGGCGUCAAGGUUGGGUUUGUCAAGCGGGACAAACGACAACAAUGA